AUGUUCCACGAGUCGUUCGAGACCGCUUCGUCGUCAUCAUCGUCAUCAGAAGACGAUUUUGUGGCGCCAGUGUCGGAGAUGCACCCUUCAAAACUCCUGAGCCUCGCCAUGCAGAAGCGCCGAGAGCUGUUCAAUCAGCGUGAACGAAACUUCCGAUACGAAGUUCUUCAAACUUCGUUCAUCACUAGUCUGUGUAAGCAUAUGGGGGAAAGCCGGAAACGCCGUAGGCGUGGGGGAAUGAAGCGGUCAAGGAGCAGCAGCUCUUUGAGAGAUUCUAGUACCUGUUCUGGCAUAGCUCCGCUUGGAGUGGAUCCCUGUAAGAAUGGCGAACCUUUGGUUCAGACAGUCCAGCCGCAGCCGGAUAACGACGAUCAGCCCAAGCCGAAGAAAGUCAAGCCCAACUUCUUGGAUCCGUUUGACCUCGAUGAGUUCUUCAAGCAGAUGGCCGCUCGCUCAUACAAAGGUUAGUAUAUACUCCUCACUCUCGGGGUUUGCAAACAGGUUCGUUUCCAUUGGGGCCUCUAGGUGUGUCAGUCUUAUAAUUUGGUUCUCUCAAGGUCUCCCACUGCUCUUUCGAUGGACAUCGAUUCUUGCACGCCGCUGUGAUAUGACCCACAAGAGUACUGUUUAACAGCAACUUCUAGCUUGUGAAGAAAUGAAAAUAGUAAGAAAGACAGCUACUCAUUUCUUCAUGAGUUAAAAAUUUUGUAUGCGCAAUUCCGAUUAAAUUGUCUAAUUUUUCAGCAUCAGAAGCUGGCAAUCCUUCGAAAAACUGA